AUGUCACUCUCCAGCCUGCUCUGGGUGUUCCUGGCCUUCAUCAUCUCCGGAUCUGGUGUGGCCCAGAAAGUUACUCAAGACCAGUCAGACAUAAUCAAGCAAGUGGGGCAGUCAGUCAUUCUGAACUGCCAGUAUGAAAUAAGUUGGUCCACAUACUACUACUCCAUUUAUUGGUACAAGCAGCUUCCCAGGGGACAGAUGACUUUCCUCAUUCAUCAAUAUUCAGAAGACAACAAUGCAGGGAAUGGCCGCUACUCUGUAAACCUCCAGAAAGCAUAUAAAUCCGUCAGCCUCACCAUUUCAGCCUUACAGCUGGAAGAUUCUGCCAAGUAUUUCUGUGCUCGAAGGGAGCUCUCAAGGACAGUUAAGGCAGCUCACGGUGCUUGA